CUCCCUCCAAUCUCCAACAAUUUCUGUCGUAUAAUCUCUCUCCCUCCAAAAACUCCACAACCAUGCUUUGCUCCUUCCACUCCCCUCUCCGCCUCCACCCCCUCAAAACCCACAAGCCCCUAACCAUAAUCUGCUCCUCCCAACCCAAACCACCACCGCCACCCAAGAAACGAGCCGCCGCGGACGGCCGAAGGCCCUCCCCCAGGUUCGGUAAAAAGCACGGCGCCUCGAGAAGGUCGGUUCUGAAGAAAACGUUCAAGCAGGAGCAGGUGAGCUUCACCACUCCAAUUUCCGAUGACCCCAUUGUUGGUAUCAUCGGCGGAGGCAUGGCGGGCCUCGCCUGUGCUCUCUUUCUGGAGAAACGCGGCGUCCGCUCCACCGUUUUCGACACGGGUAUUCAUGGUUUGGGAGGAAGAUUGGGAACCAGAGUAGUGGAUCCUCAGCCUCUGAUAUUUGAUCAUGCAGCUCAGUUCUUUACAGCCAGUGAUCCUCAGUUUGUUGGGUUGGUUCAAGGGUGGUUGGAGCAAGGUCUGGUUCGAGAAUGGCAGGGUACGAUAGGAGAGCUUGAAGUGGGUGGUAAUUUUGCUCAGCUGCCUUCUUCUUCUCCAAGGUAUGUAGGUGCUAAUGGAAUGCGCCCCGUUGCUGACUCAUUACUUUCUCAGGCUCGUAUGAUUAAUGUGGAGAGACCUUGCUGGAUAAGUAAACUCGAGCCCUUCAAUGGGAUGUGGCAUUUGAGUGAGAAUGGAAAACCGCAUGGGAAGUUUGAUGCGAUUGUUAUCGCGCAUAAUGGUAAAUGUGCAAACCGCUUACUUGCAUCAUCGGGCUUACCACUAGUUUAUGGACAAAUGAAGAGGCUGGAAUUGAGCUCGAUAUGGGCCCUCCUUGCAGCAUUUGAGGAUCCACUUCAAAUUCCUUUCGAAGGAGCUUUUGUAAAAGGGGUUGAUUCCGUCUCUUGGAUGGCAAAUAAUACCACAAAACUCCAGGGUUCCCAAAGUAAAGGUCCUCACUGUUGGACCUUUCUUAGUACUGCAGCUUAUGGGAAGCGGAACAAGGUUCCACAGGAGAAUAUACCAACUGCCACGGCAGAGAAGGUGAAGGCGGGCAUGCUCUCGGGUGUUGAAGAUGCUCUCGGAUUACCUAAAGGAUCACUUCAGAGCCCCUUUUACACUCGAAUCCAGUUAUGGGGUGCGGCACUUCCAACUAAUACACCCGGCGUCCCCUGCAUCUUUGAUCCUCUUGGAAGGGCUGGUAUAUGUGGUGAUUGGUUACUGGGUUCAAAUGUCGAGUCAGCCGCCUUAAGUGGAAUUGCUCUUGCCAAUCAUAUUGCAGACUAUUUCCAAAGCAGCGGAGACCGUCCUGAAGAGUUUGCUGUUGGUUUACGCAAUGAGUUUCAAAAUCUUAAAGGACAUGAUAUCGGACAAUUUCCCGGGAUGGAGUUUGAAACACAGACGGCUACAGAACAAGCAUACGAACUUACCACUUAAACCGCGUCAUCACAUGAAGAAAGUUAGAGGUUUUGUAUGCCAUUGAGCUUUCAACAACAUAUGGUUCACACCAAAAUGUGAAGCAAUACAAAGAGGAUCAAGUUUCGCAUCCUCUCUGUAUGUAAAGGGUAGCCCAUGUCAAGGAUGCAGAGUAGGGAGCUGGUUGCCUCUUCUCCAUGUUCAUGUUUUCGUGUUGUGUGUUCUAUGUGUUCAUGUUAUAACACGUGUAUCUGAUGCCGGUGAAUGUGUAUCAAACUCUAAUUAUCCAAUUUUGUGAAUGUCUAUUGAACUCUAAUUAUCCAA